AUGAUUCGAUCAAACAUUGGAAACACUUACAACAUUUUAAAUGCCUUGAUAUUCGUGGGAUGUUUCAUAUACGCGUGUGAAGACGUUAAAAUUUUAUCGGAUUCCUCAAACAACUCAAUUUCACAAGCGACCGGUUUAGUUGAUUUAUACGCCGGAAUUACAACGCAAACAAUUUCGAUAUUUUUGUGCUGCAUUAACGGAAAACGAUUUAUACAACUCACGCAUGGUUUAGCAAAUAUCGACAAACAUUUAGAGGUUCUUGGAGAAAUCAUUGAAUAUAAAAAAUCAAAAAAAUUUGUUGUAUGGGGGUUAACUAUUAUAACAACGGAAUUUAUUAUUACAUUUUCGAUAGAUUACGCGUUAUUUAUUCAAGAUGAAUCUAAAGUGUAUUUGAUAACUUCGUAUUACCCUAUAAUAACGAUAGGAAUUGUUAAGCUACAAUUAACCGUUUUGAUGUAUUUUAUCAAACAAAGAUUUCAGGCGUUGAAUAAUAUCGUUAAGGAAAUUAGCGGAUCGAGAUGUAAUAUUAUGCACAUUAAAAAUCAUGGGAUUAUAAGGAAUAAUGUUCAUAUAAUUCAUGUUAUUCAUAAAGUUCAUAAUCAAUUAUGCCAAAUAUGCUCGUUGGUGAAUUACCUUUAUGGUAUACCAUUGUUGAUGUUUCGUUGGUCCGUUGACCUUGAAACACGCUUCAAAAAUGGUUUUGAACCAGUCCUAAGCCUGGAUAAAGUGUAA